GGCUGGAGUUCAAGGAAAGGGAAAGAGAGAGAGACCGACCGGCGGAAAGAGAACUGCUGCGUCGCGGCUGAGCAAUCGGCGUGGGCAUGACGGCUUAACUAGGAAACUAAGGCUGGGCUCGGAAGAGACGGCCGUUUCGAUCCCGAGAUUCGCCCACAGUUGCUGACCGCGAGGCAGGUUAGGCCGCUCUCUAUUCUGCCCCCCGAAGUGCCCAUAAAUCUCGCGGGCCUUUUCGCUAUUUUCUCUUCCAAGCUCCGGGCACGUGUCUGUGUUGAGAUAGCAUCCAAUUAAAGGGAGGCGCGUUAAGGCGAGGUCUGCGUUUCUCGGACAAAGGUCAGCUUGCGUCGGGGUUCGGCUCCUUAAACAAAAGACCGGAGGAGCGUUUUCUUCUGUCGGGAGCAAAGGGUUUGAGGUGGAGUUGCUGGGAAGUUUCCCGAAAGGGUGCUGAGGAAGCCGCCUCUUUUCGGAUUGCUCAUUGCGCGAAGCGGGACGGAUGGAUGCGGCGCUCCGGUUUGUGCUGAGGGAAGUUAACUAAAUUCAGUAGCGGUUUCUCCAAAUGACAUGGUGAGAACUGAACGCUUGCAGACUCACUAGCUUCUAACACAUUCUUUCCAAAGUAUCCAUUGUCAUGAGGUGUUCCCUGAAACGAUCACUUGCAACAGCCUUUUCUCUCUUUGUGUUCCUACUCAUCAUGAAUCUGACUUCUUGGCACCAUGAAGAUCUUGUGAUGAAUGAUAUUCAGAAAUGGGCUCAAACAGUGGGCCUGCCUCAUAUUGCGACUGACUGGACCGUUUAUAGUCUCCGAACAUUUAUCAAUGCCACCAACACACUGAAUAUCUCUUAUGAUUACCUUGCUGGGUUGCCUCCACUCAAGAAAAAGUUUCUGACAUUAGGACUCUGUUCUAUCAAGCGGAUGAGAGAGGCCUAUCUCCUGGAUACUCUGACAUCCAUCUUUGAACAAUCUUCUCAAGACGAGCUGAAGGAAAUGGUGGUAGUGGUACAUUUAACAGAUGCAGACCGUAAAUGGAAUUCUCAAAUGGCGCUGGAAAUUGCCAGAAGGUUUCCUGAUCAGCUCCAUCAGGGAAACCUAGUAGUUAUCCACACGCCUCUUGAAUAUUACCCUCCCUUGGAAGGCCUAAAAAGGAAUUUUAAUGAUCCUGAGGAUCGGGUGCGCUUUCGAUCAAAACAGAAUGUUGAUUAUGCUUACCUCAUGAACUUUGCAUCCAACCUCUCCACCUACUACCUCAUGAUUGAGGAUGAUGUCCAUUGCACCAAACACUUCCUCACAGUAAUCAAAAGAAAUCUGGCAUCCCUGGAGGGCACUUCUUGGGUCACUCUGGAAUUUUCCAAACUUGGUUACAUUGCCAAACUCUAUCAUUCUACUGACAUCCCCAGGCUUGCUCGAUUCCUCAUGCUCUUUUACCAAGAGAUGCCUUGUGAUUGGCUUUUUGUGCAUUUCCGUCUCCUGCUUACGCAAAAGGAGGAAAUUCGUUUCAGGCAAUCCCUUUUCCAACACAUUGGUCACUAUUCUUCCUUCCAGGGCACUCGAAACAGACUGAAAGAUGAGGACUUUGAAGAGGAUUUCUCUAAAUUCCCUGACAAUCCCCCAGCAGAUAUAAUAACCGAUAUUGGAACAUUACAGAAUCAUAUACCCAGUAAGGCUUACAGUCGUGUGAUAGGCUACUUUUGGGGCAAGGCUCCAUCUGCUGGCAACUCCUUCACACUUAUCUUUAAACAGGCUGCCCCCAUCUUCCGCAUCCAGAUCUAUACAGGCUCUCAAGCGUACCCAGAUAGCUAUCUCCAUGAAGGGCUUGUAGCAUUGGGCACUCAUAAAUUGCAUACACCAAGAGCAAGAUGUGCUAACUAUGUCACCAUUGGGCACUUUGCCAAAGGAAAUUUUGACAAGCAGAGCCUAGAGAGUACUACUACCUCUGACCCACAUUGUGUGCACAUUUUGGUAACUAACACUCAGACUGAGACGUUGAUAAUAAAUAACAUAAGCAUCUGGAUAAAGCCUAAAGUCUGACUCCAUUUGAAUGAUCAGGAUCUCUCGCAGUAUAAGAACAUUGCUUGAAGACAGAUCCUUUCUGGAUACAAGAAUCCAAGAUGCAGUGGAAGAAGUCAAUUCUGUGUUCUCGGUCCUAAAGAUGAUAUAUUUGUGAUUUAUUAUCUUACAGCAUCAGAGCCUGCUAACAAUGUUCUUCAAAAGAUGGCUACAACUUGCAUUGUCUUCUGCUUGUCAGAGACCCUCCUUUUCCAAUUGAGUGUUUCCUGGAUUAUUUUGUAUCAAUCUCUUUUUCAUUGUCCCCACAACAGGAGAGGUUUGUAGCUCUAUAUGAAAAAACAAUAAGCUAGGACCCGAUCCAUGGCCUGUUAGGAACCAGACUGCAUAGCUGGAGUGAGCAGCGAGUGAGUGAAAUUGCACAUGCGUGGGAUCUAGUUUGUGUUCUCCAUGUCCUCCCCCCACUCCAUUCCCGGUUCUUGGAAAAAUUGUCUUCCACAAAAUUGGUCCCUGGUGCCAAAAAGGUUGGGGACCACUGAGAUAGGAAGCUGAAAUAAGCUCAGCUGACAGUAUAGGAAACAGCUGUGUUUCAAAAACAACUUCCUGUGUUUCUGCUAUUCAAGGUUACUAUCUUUAAAAAUGAUAGUUUGGAAAGAUGAAGGUGAUGUGAUAAAAGUUCCUAAAAGCAUAAUGUGUAACUUUAGAUCUGUUGACUUCUAAAUCAAAUUCAAGGAUGUGCUCUUUGGCUUCAGAGAUAGCUUGUUCUAGCUCCAUCACUGUUAGUACUUGAAUUGAGAAGCCACAUAAAGAAAAAUGAUUGUGUUUGUGUGCAGGGGUUUUCAAUAAGGAUUUAAAUAUAUCUAUAGGAGUGUUUAGGGCUAAUGAGUCACUUCUGUAGUUUUCAUCCUUGCGACAUGGCCUUGCAAAUGACAGGGCAAUAAGUGAUUCAGGUGAGUAACUAACUGUUCAGUUAGAUGAAGUAAUUUUUGCAGAAGUGCAAUCUUUUUUUUUUUCUAAAACCAUAAGAAUAUUUUGUACAUCAGCACUGCUGAAGAAAUAUUUUUAGAUAUUUUUCUUAACAAAAUGUGUCCAAACACAUAUUUAAUGAAUCUUUCUAAUUUAAAAUUAUGAUUGCAUAAUAUGUUUUACAUAAAAUGCUGACUGAUGAAUGUAAUUUAAACAGCUGUCCCAUAAUCUAAUAUAGCUUUUCCCAACCUUGGUCCUCCAGAACUCAUAUCAUUCUGCAGAAGGAAUAGCCUUAAAGAUAGGAAGAAGAAUUGUUACCAAAACAAUGGUCAGAUAAAAAAGGCCUCAAUCUCAGUCAAGGAAGUAACUUGAGAAAAUAUCUCACACAAGCCCUUCUCUAGUUCACAUAGCGAUAGAAGGAGGGAGAAUGAUGCACAUUCAGACUUGCAAGAUUCUGUUGUUAUACCUUUACAAUAAAAUAAUACUGACCUAUAUCCCAUUUCUAGAAACGGGGAGGGUGGGCUUUAAAGUUUAAUAUAUUUUGGGCGGUUAAUAGUUAAUAGCUUUUUUGAACGUAUUUAGUCGAUUUGAUUGAUUUGUAUAUUUGAGAUACUUGUUAAGAGAAUGUGAUGUAAAAUGGUAAUAUACAAUAUACAAGUAUGGUAUAGAUCCAUGAUGGCGAAUCUAUGGCACGCA